GUCCGUCGCUCACGUGCAGGCUCGAGAGUUCGACGUACGAGGCAGGUGCGCGCGCGCGGUCGUGACAUGGAGACUCGACGAGCCACGACACGAGAUGCACGGACGUCCGAGCACGCGCACGCGAUGUGUGAAGGGAAGGGACGACGUCGCGCUCGGGCGCACCGGUGUGCGCGUGGUGCACUUACGGCACGGCACGUCUCCGCACCUCGGCUCCCGCAACCUUCGCCGCCCUUCAGGCAGUCCAGGUGCCGUUCCGGGGCUGCACACCUACGCCCGCAGCUCGCAGCCGCGCAGACAGUGACGAGCCUCCACGCCGCCGCACGAGCCCAUGCCCCGCGAUGAGUGCAAGACAACGGACCGCGCGGCGGCGAUGCGACUCGACGUUGUCCGCGACAGCUGCAAGCGCGGGCGCCAGCCCCGGGAA